CAGCCCAGUCACGUCCUUCGCAGUUUGCCGUCGGCCACACCGCAUCGAGCGCCGCCGCCACUCGCCCUCCCCUGCCAUCUCUCGCCGGCCGCCGCCUCCCGCCCACCGGCCACCGCAGCGUGUUAUAUUUCAGCCCCUCUUGAUCGGCCACCCGAAACCCGCAGGAGAGAGGCUAAGGAACGAUGGGGUGGAAGGCGGCAGAGAAGCUCAUCAGGCACUGGAAGGUCCUGCGUGGUGACAACGUGAUGAUCAUAAGAGGCAAAGACAAGGGGGAGUCCGGGCUCAUCAAGCGGGUCAUUCGGUCGCAGAAUCGCGUCAUCGUCGAGGGCAAGAACUUGGUCAAGAAACACAUUAAGCAAGGGGAAGGGCACACAGGUGGUAUUUUCUCGGUCGAAGCCCCACUUCAUGUCUCAAAUGUCCAGGUGGUUGAUCCAGUCACUGGGAAACCAUGUAAGAUUGGAUACAAGUAUCUGGAAGAUGGGACCAAAGUCAGGUACGCUAGAGGAAUGUACGCAUCGGGCGUUGUGAUACCCCGGCCAGAAAUUCUGAAGGAGAGAAGGAAACCGAGGCCCACGUCACCUGGCCCGAAGGACACACCAAUCGAGCUGGCGCAGGAGAAGACCUACGAUGAAAAGGCUGGGAUCGGUAUGCCCGAUCUAUAGCUGCGGAGAGUUCACUGUAAUGUGACCAGGACCUGACGCCCUGUGCUGUGCUGUGCUGUGCUUCCCGCGUAAUAACGGUGUACUAGUUACCUUCUUCUGCAGAAAAUGCUUUCUAGGAAUGAGAGCGGAAAUAUUUGUACCAUUUAUUUAAGGUCCUGUUUGGAAACAACCCAACAGUUUUUAAGACACCAGUUUUUAUCUUUU